UUCCCCUCCCCCAUCGGAGGCCGGCUCCGUUGGCUCAGUGUCUCGGAGAGGAGCGGGAGCAAGGCCUGAAGCAGGCUUCGAACUUGGUCUUUUUCUUUUUGCCGCAGGGCUAGUACGGCGAUGGUUUCACAGAAGUCCACAAAAGGUUCCGUUGUCCUUGAUUACAUAUUUCAUCAUAUAAAUCUAGUGGAGAUAGAUUAUUUUGGACUGCGCUACUGUGACAGAAACCAUCAGACGUACUGGCUGGAUCCUGCCAAAACCCUCGCGGAACACAAAGAGCUCAUCCACGCUGGCCCACCAUACACUUUUUAUUUUGGCAUCAAAUUCUAUGCUGAAGAUCCUUGUGAACUUAAAGAAGAAAUAACUCGAUACCAGUUUUUUUUGCAGGUGAAGCAAGAUGUGCUCCAGGGGCGCCUCCCCUGCCCCGGCCACGUUGCUGCUCAGCUGGGAGCGUACGCCCUGCAGGCUGAGCUUGGAGACUAUGACCCACAUAAGCACCCUCCAGGAUAUGUGUCUGAGUACCGAUUUGUUCCAGAUCAAAAGGAAGAACUGGAAGAUGCCGUAGAACGGAUACAUAAAACGCUCAUGGGUCUGGUUCCGUCUGAGGCAGAAAUAAAAUACUUGGCCACUGUCAAAUCCCUGGAGAUGUACGGAGUGGACCUCCAUCCCGUCUACGGAGAAGGCCGAUCGGACUAUUUCUUGGGCUUAACUCCUGUGGGCGUGGUCGUCUACAAGGACCGGAGGCUCGUCGGGAAGUAUUUCUGGCCGCGAAUUACAAAGGUUCACUUCAAGGAGACGCAAUUUGAACUCAGAGUCCUGGGAAAAGACUGCACUGAAACCUCCUUCUUUUUUGAAACCUCGAGUAAAAGCGUUUGCAAACAUCUCUGGAAGGGCUGUGUGGAACAUCAUACAUUCUUCAGAAUGCCAGAAGAGGAAUCCGGCUCCUUGGCAAGAAAGCUCAGCAAGUUGGGUUCCCUGAGUCACAAACACCGAUCCAGGAUAGCCUUACAAAUGGGCCGAGACCGUUCUGUUCCUCUUCCCCGACCCGAUCAGAAGGUGGAAAGAAGCCGAAGCAAGACAUACCCUAAGAGAAUAGCACAAACACAGCCAUCAGGAUCAAACAGCAUAAACCGGGUUACUGAAGGUGCGGAAAAUGGAGGAACCACCAAGAUCAUGGCACCUUUGCCAGUCCAAAGCUUUAAGAAGUCGGAAGGUGAAAACAGUCCCGAAACUCCAACAAGCAAAGCAAGUGCACCAUGGGAGGAAAACGGAGCCCAGGGGGGGCUGUACAAUUGUUCCAGUGACCGUAAGCGAUCCCCAAAGUUCCCUUCUGCACGGAGAAGAAGCCCAUCUGGCAGCAGUGACCCAGAGCCCGGACAGCCAGCUAGGAGAAGGAAAGCACGCAAUAGUGGUGAUGACUCAGAUCUAAAGCUAAGGAGAAGGUCCCGUUCACGCUGCAAUACAAGCAGUGGUAGUGAAUCUGAACAUUCUAAAAGAGAACAUCAGAAAAAGAGAAACAGGUUCAGGCAGGAGAAUGGCGUGACGGACUCGGCCCCUCAGUGGGAAGCGGCGUUGCAGCAUCCAAAGGAAAAACCCGAAGCGAACUCCAAUAGCAGGCGAUCCCGGCACAGAUCUCGCUCGAGAAGCCCCGACUUCCAAGCGAAGGAAGAGCUGUGGAGGCACAUUCGGAAAGAACUUGUCGAUCCUUCCGGGCUGUCAGAAGAACAACUAAAAGAGAUUCCUUACACCAAAAUAGAGACUCACGGCGACCCCGUUCGUGUCAGACCUUGUCGCUCCCCCCGAAGUCGUCGCCAGUACCGACGAUCCCAGGGUUCGGAUGGAGAAAGGUCCGCGCUGUCGGACAGGAAUGCAAAGACCGACCUCGUGCCACCACUUCCUGUCACUCGGCCGUCAGAUUCACAGUGUUUCAGUGGUUCGACUUCCUAUCAGGUUAGAAUCGAGUCCAAAGACAGACCUCAGCCGUCUUCCAGCGCAGCGGCCCCCCGACGCCCCCCUCCCAAGCAGCCGCUUGACCUGUGACGGCAGGACCAGCACGAGCCGCUUCGCCCCUCCUGUGCCCGCCCAGCUAGAGGGAAUUUAACCUGCCCGGCUGGGGGUCUGCAGGGGGAUCGCCGAGUCACUCGAACAAACAGACAAGCUUCGCUUUACAAUCAGCUUUAAUACAAACAGGAAGCUCCCGGAGCCCCCCCCCCCCCCCCCCCCCGCGGCUCUUCAGCUGCCCCAAUCGGGGCCAGCCGGCGGCUUCUCCAUCCUGGGACUCGGCCGGACAGUCGAUGCGGCUCCACGAACGCUGCCCUGAAAGGAAGAAAACGGCCGAGUGAAGUCACGUGCUUGGAAGCCAGACCCCACAGGCCCCGCCCCCGACGGGCCGGUAAAGACCAGAAAAACCCUGAAGGGAUGGACAAGAGGGCGGAAGUGAGGCUGUUCGGGUUGUGACCGGACAGAAGGGGGGCCGCGGGCGGCUCAGCCCCUUCCCGGCGGGGUGACCCCGACAAGUCCCGUGACCCCCCUUGCCCUGGAGCCAAUAGAAAUGCUGCCGGACAGACUGUGGCUUGGCUCGAUUUGGGAACCGAACCAGAACUUGCCAGGAAUCGAUGUGGCGUUCAGGGCGGCUCAACAAUGCAACACGUGGAAGUCUCAGUGGACGGAGCCGGGCCUAGCCGGGGGUCCUGGGUUCCAAUCUGGCCCCCGACCCGUCCCCAGCACUGCCUCCAGGAGGGCAAGUCAGAGACGCCGGCUGGGAAAUGAGGCUUCCAUGGAGCACCAGCCAUCAGGCCGCAGCCAGCGAUCCCACAAGCAAGGGCUCUUGGGGGAGUGCCUGGACCUCCGGGAUCCGCCGGAGCCGCUUCCGGGGGGCGGGCGCGCCGCGGCCUAGACUGUCACUUUGCCAGCACACUCGGCCAAGGCACGCAGAUGCCUGCCGAGAGGAGGCUGCAAAGUCUUCCUUUGCGCCUUUUUUGACACCUCGUGCACCAGUGGCCAAAGUGAACGGGCAACACAAAAGGCGAAUAGCCAGGCCGAGCGGCCCCCCACGUGACUCGGGCCAGCCCCCCGCCCCCCACCGACCUUGUCCGGCGGCGCUUCCUUCUUCCUCCUCCGUCCGGGCCGCCUCACACGUCUCCACUCCGGAUUCACGGUUUGCCGACGGCGGGCCUGAGAGAGAACAUGCGGGGUUCCCUUGGGUUACGCGGCACGUCCAAAUCCGCCUCCCUCAGCCCUCCUCCAGCCGCUCGCAUUCAGUCACCGCCCGGAGCGCACAAACGUUACUAACCGAAGCUUGUAUUUUUGGGGGUCUCUACUUAAGUCACGUGGAAAACCCACGUGAAUUCAAUGUAAGCGCUCCUCCCCCGCCGCCCCCCCCCACGUGGCUAACCACUUCCCAGCGCUUUCCUAGCUAGGCAGCAAGAACGGCCCCAGAGAGCGGGGCUGGCGGUAGCCGGCACACAAACAGGCCUCGAUAAAGGAAAUGCUCGAGUCCAAGUUCUCCCCGCUUCUCCCCGCCGCCACGCGGGAAGAAAAGUCAGCCAACUGCAGCGGCAGGCCGGGCCCGGGGCCUCCUCCCCGGCUUCGCAUGCCCACGACCUGCUGGGGAGCGAGCGCCCAGGACGGGGGCCGGGAGCCCGCCAUCGCCCCACCCUGGCCCGCUAUUCCUGGCAGGCGCCGGCACCGAGUCCCGCCCGGCCGGCCGGCCCAAGCUACCUACCUCAUGGAGGUUGAAGCCACAGUCCGAAAGAAGCCCGUCCCCAGAGGGACAUCCGCCCAGCGCCGCCAGCGCUCCACGGCAUGGUGGGGCCGAGAGGUGCGCCGCCGCCGAACUACGGAACACGGAAGCGAAAA